UUUUCUGACUGAAUUUUCAUAAUUUUUUACCAAAUCUAUUAAAAAUUUAUCAGAGCAUCAGAUAUCAAAUGUUUUUCACAAUUCCUUCGUUGUUUUAUAUUUAUAUUACAUAUCUUUUCUGAAUUAUUGAAAUGAAAUCAUGAUUAACGUGAGCGUGAGUCAGCUCGUGAAUCAAGUGGACAAGAGCAAUUUUACAUUGUACGCAGAAUGGGAGGAUACGCAUUUUAAAAUAAUAUUGUUGAGACCAUGCACAGUACCAUUGAGCGGAGAGAUGCACACAGAAAAUGCCAAUUAUUUUCUAAAUCAUUUGGAUGAGUCUUUUGAAAUAUAUUUGGAGAAAACUAGACAUGCAUUUUCUGGUGAAAAUGCUGACAUACAUUUCUUUCUGCAAGAUGAUACAUUUACAUGGAAACAGCAAAAUAUUCUUACGCGUGGGGAAAUUGCAGUAUAUCCUCUUUCAAAUAUAUUAACUAUUUCUGAUAUUUUUAAACAAUUAUUGGAGCUUUAUCAAAAAUGUAAAGAGGAGAUGCUAACAUUGAAACAAGAGAACAAAUGCGUGAAUGAAAACAAUAUAAAGCUGACCACAGAUGUAGAAAAAAUGAUAAAUAUAAAAGAUGAAAUGGAAAAGGAUCUUUACAUGAAAUUUCUUUUGCUUUUAAAUGCAAAGAAAGAAAAGAUUAGAAAACUUCACAAAGCCUUAGAUAGCAACAAACAAACAACAAAAUCAGUAUAUGAUGACACUACUGAUGAUGAAAACGAGAAAUCAGAUGUAGAAAGUAUGAAAAUGCAUGAUACAGCAUUUAAUUCAAGAAAACGCAAAGUGGAUUAUAAAAAUGAGCAAAAAAUUACACCAAAGAAUAAUAAGAUAAAUUUCAAGAGAUGUACAAAUUUCUCUUCUAAUGAAGACAUAAAUCCUGAGCCUUCUACUAGCAAGGACAAGUUAACAUUACAAAAUAGAGAUGUAUAUCAUACAAGAGGCUCAAAACGAGUCCUUGAUUUUUCAGAAGAAGAGUCUCAAGAAGAUCUAUUUUCUUAAUAACAAAAUAAUCAUUUAUUACAUUUUUGCAUACUCUUUCUUGCAUUUAAAAGAUUAACAGUGCAAUUUCAAUAUAUUUACAAACAUAUAUGCAUAUAUAAAUUUAACGUAUAAG